AAUAAUAAUACGAUAAUCUUCCCCUAAACAAGAGAAAUUAUCAAAAGCACAAAACGAAAACAUAAUUAUUCACACACACUCUGAAAAACAGUUCUUUUCACAGUUGACGGGUCAUCAAGUGUCAGAAGCUGCUACUAGCUCAGAAUACAAUUCCAAUAGAAACCCACUUCCUAGAGAGAGAAGAAUGCAACUUUUUGAUAGAGAGAGAAAAUGGAGUAAGGAAAGUUGUUUAGUUAUCACAGUGAGUGAGGUUCUCAUUUCCAGAUUUCAUGGUUUUGGUGUCUCACUGAUGCAAUAGAGAUCAGAGUUUGGUUCUUUUUGUGAUUUUCUUCAUACCCAUUUGAUGAUUUUGGAUCUCAUUGGAUGUUGAAGAGUGUUCAUAUUGACUUGUUGUCCUGAAUUUGAAUUGUUAGAGCUUCUGGAACAUCAAAUUCUAUCUGCAACAAGAAGAUAUAUUGGAUUUGGAGCUGAGUCCAAUUGAGCAGCUAAAAGAAGAUAAGCUAAAGAGUGGCUUCAUUUGAUAAAAAUUGGUGGUGGAAAUCUACAUCUGAUAGCCUGGCCUGGAUUCGUUAUCACGCCUUUGUUGUUUUGCUAAGUCGAAACCGGCUUUGCUGAUUUUAUUUGCUGGGGUUAUGGCAACCUUGUUGCAUUCCGACUCGAGCCGCUUAUAUUCUUGGUGGUGGGAUAGCCACAUUAGUCCAAAGAAUUCAAAAUGGCUUCAGGAGAAUCUUACAGACAUGGAUGCAAAAGUGAAAGCAAUGAUCAAGCUUAUUGAAGAGGAUGCAGACUCCUUUGCAAGAAGGGCAGAGAUGUACUACAAGAAGCGGCCAGAACUGAUGCAAUUAGUUGAGGAGUUCUACCGAGCAUAUCGUGCAUUAGCUGAAAGAUACAAUCAUGCAACAGGGGAGCUACACCAGGCUCAUAAAACCAUGGCAAAAGCAUUUCCCAACCAAGAACAUUUUCUGCUGACUGAUGAUUCGUCAUGUAGUUCUUCAGGCCCUGAGGUUGAGCCACACACACCCGAUAUGUCACAUCCAAUUCGUGCAUUAUUGGAGCAAGUUGACCUACAGAAAGAUGCAUUCGGUCUAAGCAGCAAGGGUCUAAAGCAGCUGAGUGAGAUCUUUGAGUCUUCUCAGUUAUCAACUGUAAAACAGGAUGCGCAGAUACAGAACCAUUCUGAGUCUGAGCAGUCGGGGAAAGCCGAAAUUGAAGCCUUAAGGAAAACUCUAGCAGAUUUACAGGUUGACAAGGAUUCUAUCCUUCUUAAGUAUGAAAAGAGUUUGGAGAGUUUAUCUGAAAUGGAAAACGAGAUUAAUAAGGCACAAAAGGUUUCUGAAGGCCUUGAUGAAAGAGCAAGCAAAGCUGAAAUUGAAAUUGGAAUAUUGAAGGAAGCCCUAGCUGAGCUAAAAUCGGAGAAGGAUACUGGUCUAGUUCAAUACAACCAGUGUCUGGAAAGGAUAGCUAGCUUGGAGGCUAUGUUAUCUUUGGCUCAGUUGGCUGCAAAGGGGCACGAUGAGAGGGCUGCCCAAGCAGAAACCGAAGCUAAAAGUCUCAAGGAAGAACUCUCCAGGCUGGAAGCUGAGAAGGACGCUGGUCUCCUUCAGUAUAAAACUUCUCUUGAAAAGAUAUCUGUUUUGGAGUCCAAGAUUAGCCUUGCCGAAGAUAAUUCCAGGAUGCUCACCGAGAAAAUUGAAAAAGCCGAGUUCGAAGUUAAAGCAUUGAGGGAAAAGCUUUCCAAACUGAAUGAAGAGAAAGAAGCAGUAGCUGUCUUGUACAAACAGUGCUUGCAGAAAUUAUCUUCGAUGGAGAGUGAAAUUUUGCGUGCUCAUGAAACUUCUGAACGGCUGAGUCGAGAAAUUGAGUUAGGCACUAAAAAACUAAAGACUGCGGAAAAAAAUUGCGACGUGUUGGAGAAAUCAAAUCAAUCUCUCCAGCGAGAGGCUGACAAUCUAGUGCAGAAGAUUUCUUUGAAAGAUCGAGAGCUUCUUGAGAAGCAUAAUGAGUUUGAAAGGCUGCAAACUCUGAUGCAUGAAGAGCAGUCUCACUUUCUUCAAAUUGAAUCUACUCUGCAGACUCUGCAAAAGUCGUAUUCUCAAUCACAAGAUGACCAAAGAUCUCUUGCUUUGGAGCUUAAGCACGGGCUUCAGCUGUUGGAGGACCUGGAACUUUCCAAAAAAUGUUUUAAAGCAGAAAUGCAACAUAUUGUGGAAGAAAACAGGACUUUACAUGAGCUUAACUUCUCUUCCACUAGUACCUUAAAAGAUCAGCGAAUGGAAAUUUCCAAGUUGAAGGAGAUCAAAGAGAAUCUGGAACGAGAUUUUGUUGUAAAAGUUGAAGAAAGCAACUACCUCCUACAAGAAUCUCAUCAAAUAAAGGACGAGAUCCAGAGCUUGAGUGAUAGAUACCGGGCUAUACUCGAAGAUCUAGAGUCCGUAGGUAUGAAUUCUAAAUCUUUUGCAGCAUCUGUGAUGGAUUUACAAAAGGAAAACUUGAAACUAAAGGAGGUAUGCAAAGUUGAACGAGAUGAGAAAGAAGCUCUUCGUGAAAAGUCGAAGGAUGUGGAUAGACUUUUGAGUGAAAAAGCCUUUAUGCAAUGUUCCCUGUCAAGUUUGAAUGAUGAGGUAGAUGGACUAAGAGAUACAGUGAAGAAAUUUCAAGAGUCCUGCCAUGUUUUGAAGGAAGAAAAAUCCGUUCUUGUUGGUGAGAAAUCGGCUUUAUUGUCACAGUUACAAAUUAUCACUGAAAGUAUGCAGAAGUUAUUAGAUAAGAAUGCCUUGUUGGAGAAGUCCCUCUCCAAUUCAAAGAUUGAGCUUGAAGGUUUGAGGGCUAAAUCAAGUAGCUUGGAAGAAUUCUGCAAUUUGCUGAAUAAUGAAAAGUGCAGUCUUAUGAAUGAAAGGAGCAUCUUGGUAUCUCAAUUGGGUAGUGUUGAAGAGAAAUUAAGUAACCUAGAAAAAAGGUUUACUAAACUGGAAGUAAAAUAUUCUUAUAUGGAGAAAGACAAAGAAAGCAAAGUCAAUCAAGUAGAAGAACUUCAUGGUUUGCUUUUGGCACAAAAACAAAAGCAUGCUAAUCAUAAACGUUCAAGUGAAGCCCGAUUGGUGAAUUUGGAGAAUCUUGUUGUUCGGCUACAAGAAGAGCGCCAGUUAGGGAAGAUGGAAUUUGAAAAAGAACUCGAUAAAGCUGUAAAUGCGCAUGUUGAGAUGUUUAUUUUGCAAAAAUGUAUGGAAGACUUGGAGCAGAAGAACUCGGCCUUAUUAAUUGAAUGUCAAAAACAUGUUGAGGCAUCAAAAUAUUCUGAUGAAGUUAUUUCCGAGUUGGAGGGUGAAAAUCUCAUGCAACAGAUGGAGGUAGAAUUCUUGUUUGAUGAAGUUAGAAAAUUUAAAAUGGGGAUACGUCAAGUGCUUCGGGCUCUUCAGUUUGAUCCAGACAGGAGACACGACAAAGGGUUCAAGCAAGAGGAAAUUUCUAUAUCACAUAUUUUGAAUAAUAUUGAAGGCUUGAAAGGUUCUCUUGUGAAAAUUCAGGAAGAGAAGCAGCAGCUACUUGUAGAAAAUUCCGUCCUCCUCACCGUAAUUUCACAGCAAGAAUCCGAAGAAAAAGAACUGGUUUCCAACAAAAGGACCCUAGAGCGGGAUUUUGAAAACACAAGAGAGGAGAAUGCGAUGUUGCAGAAAGUUAAGCUUGAACUAAUGGAGAUGAACAAGCAACUGAGGUCUGAACUGGCUGAGGGAGAAGAAAAGGAGAACUUGUUGAAAUCCGAAAUGGAGGUUCUUCUUAAGAAAUUUGUAGAUUUGCAGAAAACAAAUCUUAUGAUUCAGGAAGAAAAUUGUAAGGUAGUUGAGGAGAAAAAUUCACUCAUUAAGAGUGUUUUGGACCUCAAAGACGCAAAGGCAGCUGCUGAAGACGAGAACAACGUGAUGUUUCAUGAGGCAAUGGCUCUAAAAAGCCUUAGCUUGAUUUAUGAGAGCUUUUUCAUUGAGAAGGUCUCGGAACAAAAAGUACUUGCCGAACAUCUAUGUGAUCUUCACAGCAUGAACAAUAACCUCAAACAAGAGCUUGGUUUGUUAAAGGAACAGUUUGAGGUGAAAGAAGCAGAGAAUGUUUAUCUGAAGGAAUCAGUUGAGAUGAUCGACAAACAUCUGCAGGGAGCCAAAAAUGCAAAUGAAGAAUUAAGUCAUCGAAUCGAAAGUUCAGAGAAUCAUCUUGAGAAGAAGAAAACAGAACUGUUAGAAAAAGAGGAAAGGCUAAAGGCUGUGGAAUCAUUGAAUGCAGAGUUUUGCAGAAAUGUUGAAAAACUAAAAAUGGAACAACAAGAAUCAAGACUGAUCAAUGAAAAUCUCGAGAGGCAGAUUCUUGAACUCUCGGAAGGUUGCAUGAAUCACCAAAAAGAAAUCGAACUCCUCAAUGAAGCAAAUAGAAGUUUCAUGUCGGAGAUGAGAUUAUUACAUCGGGAAGUGGAACAACAGAAGGCUAGAGAAGAAACAUUGAGUUCAGAGCUGAUGGAUAAAACAAAUGAAUUUCAACUUUGGGAGGCUGAGGCGGCUACGUUCUAUUUCGAUCUUCAGAUUUCAUCCAUUAGUGAAACAUUGUUGGAAAAUAAGGUGAAUGAGCUUACCGGAGUUUGUGCGAGACUUGAAGAUGAGAGUGCUGCAAAGAGCUUGGAGAUUGAAAAAAUGACAGAACGAGUCGGUCAGAUGGAAAGUGAAAUCGGAGGACUGAAGGAGCACUUGUCUGCAUAUGUUCCGAUCAUUAGUUCUUUGAAAGAGGAUUUUGCUUCCUUAGAGCAUACCGUUCUUCGAACAAAUAAAGCAUCCGCUAUAUGCAAUCAAGAACAAAAGGAUGCAGUAAUCGAAACUUGUCUCGGAGAAAACACUGAUCCAAGUGUAACAGAAAACGAGAGUAGUUUGAUACUAGACGGCGUUUCAGAUUUGAUAGGCAUGAAGGAAAGGCUGAGAGAAGUUGAAAGGUGCAUAGUGGAAGAAAUUGAAAGACGUGUCAAGGAAGAAAACUCACAAGCGGAAACUUUGGCGUACACAGGAAAGGACUACAGAAAAGUAGAGAAGCUACUCAAGGAUGAAAACACAAUUGAUCUCAACUUGUGCAGAACAAAAUCUGAAAAUGGUUCACUGAUGAAAGAUAUUCCUCUCGAUCAAAUAUCGGACAAUCCCGCGUCUAAGAAUUGCAGGAGAGAGAAUAGUGGAACUGAUGAUGGAAUGCUUGAAUUAUGGGAAACUGCUGAACAGGACUGCUUUGACGAUGGUUCAAUGGUUAGUGAAGCAAUGAAAAGGAGUUCCGAUCCAAUGGAGGACAUUAUUACGUGCCAUCUGUCUGAUAAUAAUUUGGGAAAGUAUAUGAACACCUCUUCAGAAUUGGAAGUAGAAAAGGAAUUGGGUGUUGACAAGCUUCAUCUGUCAAAAAGCAUAAAAGAGAGAACUCAAGAUGGUAAGAGGAGAAAGAUAUUGGAGAGGCUUGCAUCGGACGCGCAUAAACUCACGUCUCUUAAGAUGAAUGUCCAAGAUUUGAAAAUGAAAAUGGAUACAAAGAAGAGAGGCAAAAAGGGAGAUGAUGAAACCGAAUACAAAAAGAUUAAAAUACAAAUACAAGACGUUGAAGGAGCUGUUGUGAAAUUAACAGAUACUAAUGAUCAACUGACAAAGGAGAUCAAGGAAAGUGUCCCGUCUUCUGGCCGAGAAACUUCGCUGGAGUUGGAAAAGAGUAGACACAUUCAGAGAAAAAGAGCGAUGGAGCAGGCGCGAAAAGGCGCAGAAGAGAUAGGACGGUUGCAGUACGAGGUACAGAACCUUCAAUAUGUUUUGCUGAAAUUGGCAGACGAAAAGAAGAGCAAAGGGAAGCACAGAUUCUCAGGAAAAACAGUUGUGUUUCUGAGGGACUUUAUUCGCAGCGAAAAGAAGAGUAACAACAAAAAGCGCAGCAAAGGGUGUUUCGGUGGAUACUCAAAGACUCCGAUUAAUGAAGACUGAGAUAGUGUAAAACUUAUGCUGUAAAGUACUUUUCUUUACUUGGGAUGUUUUUGUUAUAAUCUAGCUUAUCAAUUCUUCUUAAUUUUAGCUUGUCAUAAUUGGAGUUAGUAUUUAUGUUUUUAGCUUUUAAAAAGACUUGUAGUGAUUGAUAUUUUAGCUAAAAGAGUAGUUGUGCUGUCAUGUGUGACACUCUCUCUUAUGAUAGCAUGGAUCGGAAAAUAAAUUGGUUUUUCAUUUUUUUUCUUCUACA